UUUCACUGGUCAAUCGUUCAGUUCCAUACGGAAAAUUGCAUUUAUUUAACGUAUUUAUUAUCAAAACUGAAUGUUACUUACAAGUUUACCUACAAGUUUAUUCGAACCUUCUCAAUUUGCAAGUCAAAUCUUUAUACAAGAAUUUGCUUGAUUGAUACGUAUAAUUGAAUUAUUUUGGUGCAAUAAUGAUUUUAAAAUUUGCAUUAAUAGUAUCAUUUACAAUAUUGGAAGUUACUAGUGCAACAUUCGAAGAGGAUGUUACUUUGACUCUUGAACAGAAAAUAUUGCUGGACGAGUUUAAAGAAAGGGUAGUUCCCGAUAUUACAAAAAGCUACAUGAAAGCGGAGCUUUAUCUCGUAAAAUGGCUCAGAUCAAGUCGUUUUGACCUAGAUUUAGCUGUAGAGAGGUUCCGUCAGAAUUUGCAAUGGCGGAAAGACCAGAGCAUGGAUACGAUUCACUCCGAGGACUGGUCAGACAUGUGGAAUGACGAUAUUCGAUAUUACGUCGACGGAAGAGAUAAAUUAGGACGCCCAUAUGCCUUAAUCGAAAUGAGACAUAUCGACAUACGUAAACUCGUCUUGACUGGAAAGGGCGAAAGAUAUCUGCGUUACUUGGAUAAAGGCGUUGAUGACGCCUGCCAGCUCGUGCACGAAGUGAGCCAACGUUACGGAAAUGUCUCACGUGGAAACCUUCUCAUUAAUUUGGAUGGACUCAAUGUCGCACAACAUGGCUGCGUCCGAUGCAUUCCAUACUUGAUAAGGGCACUUAUCUCAUUCCUUGACCAUCAACCGGAAUGCUUGGAUAAAACAAUUCUAGUAAAUGCACCGGCGUUUAUCGAGCAAUACUUUAACCUCGCAGUGUCCCUCGUGCCUAAGGAAAUCAUGGGUAAUCUUCUCAUCUUGGGGACAAACUGGAAUGUGUGGAAGCCCGAGCUGUUGAAAUACUUUGACCCCGACCAGUUGCCAAGAUCACUCGGGGGACGAAAAUAUUUGAGGGAAUGGAGGACUAGGAAAUAUUUACAGUAGAUUUUUUUUAAGAGUGUGAUUUUUCGUAUACAAGUGCAUAUAUGCCUGCAAAGCAUGAAGCGAACGGGAAAACACUUGUUACAUACACACAUGUCAAUGUGCCCGAAAUUUGACCUAGGUGUUUAUAUUUUUUUGCUAGUUGUGAAUGUUACAAAGUAGACAUAAUAUGUAUGUGUCUUAUUCUACGAAUUUAUGAUUAUCAAUAAUUUGUAAUCAUUCACGAGUGUGCAAGGGCUGUUGGCUAUUAA